GAGAGAAGUUUCAAAAUGAUACGGUGUCCUCUGAGCCAAAAGGCGAGGGUCAUUGAAGUAAAACGACAUCGAGAGACUGAUGAAAUGUGGCUUAUUACAAGUGAGCACCAAUCCCACUUCAGCUCUAAGUUUUCCCACCUCACACUCACAACUGGGAAAAUGUUAUCGCGCGUUUUAACGCGGAUUUCGAUUUAUAAUCUGUGCAGUCGGUCGAUUCCUGUAAAUGUGUCUUCUUUAACUUGCUUAUAUAUAAGUAUCGAAUCGAAUAAUCCAAGUCAUCAAAAAAUUAAGAGGCAGAGCGAAGCUACAGAGUACACAGGGAUAUGGAGGGAGCUACUCGGCGGAUGGAGGCGGCGGCGGCACGGAUGAGGGCAGAAACUAUGCGCAUGAGAGAGGAACUGGAGGAAAAGAAAGCUGCUGCUGAGGAGAAGAAUAAUGAGCUGGAAGAGCUGGAACUGGAGAAGAUGAAACUCCUUGCUGAAUUGCAGCUUCUGCAAGAAGUAGAGAGGGUCCUCAUGGUGAUUCUGUUCCCGCCCAACUAAUAAAACCACUGGAUCGAAUUCAUAUGUGUUUUUCAUGUUUGGUUCAACCAUCUCGUUGUUUGCUACUUUUGUAUUUACUCUCUUCUUAUCUCAUUCGUUAGGAAGUAAAUCAUGUAACAGUAGUCGUUGAUCUAUUGAACCAACCAGGGCAACCUUUGCAGUUCUAUCCAAAGAAAAACAGGGCAACCUU